AAUAGUUAGGUUAGUGAACUUCUCUAAUCACAAAAUCUCAAAAGAAAAAAAAAAUAAAUCUAAAACAGAAAUCUGAAAGAUUGAAAAAAAUGUUGAAGUUUUUUUGUGUAGUCUCUUGUAUUUUGGCUACAUGGGCAAUGGUGGUCUCAGGUCAUGGUCAUAUUCAUACCAGCGCACCCGUACAAUCACCAACAGAGGCUCCCGGGCCAGUAGGCGCACCUACCGUGGAUUGCAUGAGUCUUAUUUAUGACAUGGCGGAUUGCUUAGCAUAUUUGAGUGUCGACGGGGGCGAAGAUAAGCCUGACAAAUCUUGUUGUUCUGGAUUCGAAACAAUUCUAAACACUGAUUCAAAUUGUAUAUGUAUAGCCCUAAAGAGUAGUGCCAGUUUGGGUAUUGAGAUUAAUAUGACUAGUGCCAUGGCUUUGCCUUCUGCUUGUGGCGUCCAUGCCACACUUAACUGCGACAUGUCCAUAUCUCCGAGUACAUCUCCCGUUAAUCCUCCAACUCCUACAUCUCCGAAUCCUCCCGCCACCGCACCAACACCAACUACAGAAACGACUCCAGCACCGACAGCCCACUCCGUUCCUAUUGGAGGACCAGCUCCAUCUCCGACACUAGCAAGCUCUGAAAGUUAUAACAUAUGUGCUACAACAUUAUCAACCCUUUUUAUUGUAGCUCUUUUUGUCUCGUUUUUUAAUGUGUUGAUCUAAGCUUUAGUGUUUAGCUCUCGAUUAUUUUUUCAGUUGAUUUUCCUAUUCUAGUAUUUCUGUUAGGUUCUUGAAAACCUUAAUUUUUGUUUUGGCUAGUUAAGAAUAAUGUUGAGUU